GGGGGGAGCAGGGGGGUCGCGGCCGCCCGGCCUGGGGGAGCGGCAAGGACCGGGCACCCCCUGCCCCCAGGGCCGCCCCACGCCCGGGGGAGCCGCCGGGGCCGGAUCGGUCCCUCCCGCCCCCCGCGGCGAGCCCGGCGGCCUGCGGGGCUCCCGGGCGGGGGGGGCGGCCCCACGCCACAGCCCUGGAGCGCGGGGGGUCCCUCGGCCCCAGGCUGGGGGUACCGGGGAAAUGGUUGGAUCACAGCGCAGACCGGCUCCCGGCACCACCGAGCCAAACUGGAUUUCAACCGGUGAUUUGUAAGAGGAGCAGCAAGUCCCGCGUGGGCGUGUGCCCCUCGGCCAGCAUGACGAGUGAGGUGGUGGAGAACGAGUUUGAGUUUUAUUCCAAGGCGGAGAAGUACUGGAAGGAUGUGCCCGCCACGGUGGAUGGCAUGCUGGGGGGGUAUGGCCACAUCUCCAGCAUCGACAUCAACAGCUCCAGGAAGUUCCUGCAGAGGUUUCUGCGGGAUGGCCCCAACCGGACAGGGACAACCCGUGCGCUGGACUGUGGGGCGGGCAUCGGCCGGAUCACCAAGCGGCUGCUGCUGCCCCUCUUCAAGACGGUGGACAUGGUGGAUGUGACAGAGGACUUCCUCACCAAGGCCAAGAGCUACCUGGGAGAGGAGGGCAGGCGGGUGCGCAACUACUUCUGCUGUGGCCUCCAGGACUUCAGCCCCGAGCCAAACUCCUAUGAUGUCAUCUGGAUCCAGUGGGUCAUCGGACACCUCACCGACAACCACCUCUCUGACUUCCUGAAGCGGUGCCGUGCUGGCCUGCGACCCAACGGCAUCGUGGUCAUCAAGGACAACAUGGCUCAAGAGGGCGUGAUCAUGGACGAUGUGGACAGCAGCGUCUGCCGGGACCUGGAUGUGGUCCGUAAGAUCAUCCGCCGAGCUGGGCUGCACCUCCUGGCCGAGGAGCGCCAGGAGAACUUCCCCGAUGAGAUCUACCACGUCUAUACCAUUGCCAUGAGAUGAGGGCAGCCGGCAGCGGGAGGUCUCUCCGGGGCCAGCUCGGAGCACGGGCCAGCAGUGGUUCCUGCCGGGGCCGGGAGGGGUGAGGACCGUGCCUUCACCGCGGGGUGGCAGACGGCAGCGAGGGCAUCGUGACUCCCUCUCUCCGGGCCUGGUGAUGAUGUUGGGGCUUUGUCUUCCAAGUUGCUGCUGUUUGUGAAAAGAGGUGUUUGCCAAAUACAUUUUCCUGCUGUUGCA